AUGGAUCCUGGCCCGGAGAAGCACCAGCAGGGUGAUCAGCUGGAAGCUCUUAGUGUAGCGCUUCCAGCAGAUGGAUCUCCAACGUCGCAGGAACAUCAGGAUGAUGGUAAGGAAGUUGGUAAGGUGUGGUCAAAUGUCGACAAGUCAGACAACAUGGUUUCUGGAGAUCAUGGAGAGGAGUCGAGGUGUAGUUCUCCUCAGCAGUCUGUUGACUAUACUAACAGCUCUAGUGGUAGCUCCAGUCAAGAUGACUGUUCUAGCAGUUCCAGUGAUAGCUGUUUUAGCAGGUCUAGUGGUAGCUCUACUACCAGCUACAGUGGUAGCUCUGCUCCUAUCUCCAGUGAAGAAGAGGUAGGUAACGAGUAUACUAGCAGCUACGGUAGUAUCAGCACUACCAGCUGCAGUCCAACAGUGGACCGUCCUUACGCUGAGCUGGAGAUGGCUCAGAAGCUUCAAGAGGGCAUUUCUCAAUUGACCUCACUUGAAUCUUCACAUGGAUUUGAGAAGCGGGAAGAGCCCACUUUAAGUCCAGACGACUCCAGACUUAUUGGUACCUCGCACCAUCAGGUAGGUUUGGUAGGGGAUGUGACUUGUGUGCCAUCUGUCACCGGCUUAAACAGAAAGAGGACAAAGGACAGCGACUCUGAAGAGGAGCCCCCUGCCAAGAAGACUAGGGACACUGUUGCAGAAGAGGAGCUCUCUUUCAAGAGGACCAGAGAUAGUGAAGAUGCUGAAGAGGAGCCCCCAGCAAAGAGGUCUAGGGAUAGUGAAGAUGCUGAAGAGGAGCCUCCAGCCAAGAAGUUGAGGGAGAGUGGUUAUGCUGAAGAGGAGCCCCCAGCCAAAACCCCCUACGAGAGUCAACCUAGAGAUGGGCUCCCCUCCAAGAGAACCAGGGACAAUGGUGCUGAAGAGGAGAUCCCGGCCAAGAGAUCCAGGAACAGCGAUGAUGAAGAGGAAUCUUUUCUGCGUUCCACCACAAAUACGUUGAGUGAGGAUCCGGUUUUGUCAUCCCCUCGCCUCAGUCCCUCUCCCUUGCCAUUCUGGGUGGAUCCCAUUUUUUCACCCAUCAGUCUUUCACCUAAGAGUGCAUGUGAGGAUCCCUUUCUGCCCUCCCCUGUCUUCAGUCCCUCACCAAGAUUGCCCUGUGAAGGUCCCAUUGCAUCAGUUCAUUCCAUCAGUCCCCCAGUCGGUGAAGAUCCUGUUUUGUCAUCCCCUGUCCUCAGUCGUCCACAAAGGAUAGAGCGUAAGGAUCCCAUUGUGUCUUCACCUGUCGUUUGUCCUUCACCCUCAACAAACUGCAAGUUUCAAAGUUCAUCAUUCCCUUGCAUGUGUGCCUGGAUGAAGUCUCAAAUGGACAAAGAAGAGGAGCCAGGACCUUCAACAUCUGGAAUUGGAUCAGACAGAGCUCGAGGAAGAGUGAGUUCCGGACAAGUGUGGUUUAGACCUCGUUACGACUUGUCAAGCGAUGACUCUGAUUAGAUUUGGAUUUUGAAAAUCUGAAGACCUACCUGACAAGUUCCAUUACAAUACCAUAAUUUUUCUGUUGUUUUUGUGAAAGCCUAUGGCAUUCUAGCAGGACCGAGGAUGCCUUAGGUAGCGUCUUGCGCCGGGGCUUUUCUUUAUCCCGCUGCUAGAUUUUUUAUUUUAGACGUUGAGGAUUCUGGCAGG